AUGGGGCACGGUACGAACGACAAGCUGUUCAUUACGCCGUCUGAGUACAGCGGAGUGUAUGGACAGCAUGGUGCGACGACGGGUAUGCGUACAGAGAAGAGCGUGAUUGUGCCGUUCCAUCUGUGUGCGAUUACGCACCAGCCAUGGACGGAGCCCGCGUGCCUGGCGCAGGACGGCCUGGUGUGUGACCGCGCGACGCUUGAGGCGUUUGUGCAGCAGUACCAUGUGAGUCCUGCCACAGGUGAGCCUGCGUCCCUGGACGAUAUAAUUCUGCUGCAUAUCGCGAAGAAGGACGAUGGCACGUGGCAGGACCCCGUCUCGCUGCGUGAGCUAACAGACCACAGCCACCUCGUUGCGAUCCGCCCGACCGGCUAUGUAUACUUGUACGACACAGUACAGCAGCUGAAUCUCAAGACCAAGUGCUUGCGUGAUCUCGUGACAGACGAGCCGUUUGCGAAGGCCGACAUUCUCACGCUGCAGGACCCCCAUGACCCGGCCAAGCGCCGCAUGCAGGACAUGCACCAUGUGAAGCACCAGCUCACACUCAAGAGGGACGCGACUGGCGACGAUGUGAAUGCGGCUGCUACAGGCAGCUCCAAAGCUCUUAUCGAAAAGAUCCGGCGCGAGAAAGAGGCCCGGGCAGCAUCUGAGACCCGUCCUGCGGCGGCGGCGGCGCCGGCGGAUAUCCCCCGCACGCGCAUGACGAACCGCUCUACAGGUAUGACGGCGGCGAGUUUUACCUCGUCUGGCCUCACGCCACGCACCAAGACAGAGCGCCUCGCUGUGGACGAGGAGGAAGUCAUGUUCGAGAGCAUCACGCGGACGCGAGCCAAGGGGCUCGUGCGGCUGCAGACCAACUUUGGCGCUUUGAAUUUGGAGCUGCACUGCGAUAAGGCGCCGCGUACAUGCUACAACUUUCUUGCGCUGUGCCGACAGGGCACGUACAACGGCACCAUCUUCCACCGCAACAUUCCCGGCUUCAUGAUCCAGGGCGGCGAUCCCACCGGCACGGGGCGGGGAGGCCAGUCGAUUUGGGGCAAGCCAUUUGCCGAUGAGCUGUGCCUUCCAGCCGCAAUGCGGCACACGGACCGCGGUGCCCUCUCGAUGGCCAACAAGGGGUACAACACCAACGGCUCGCAGUUUUUUGUAACGUACCGCCCCACGCCGCACCUGGACGCAAAGCACACGGUGUUUGGUCAUCUCGUGAGCGAUACAGCGUCAUCAGGCACGUAUAGCGUUCUUGAUGCCCUGGAGCGCGUGCCAAACGAGCCCGGCACCGAGCGCCCGAUCCGGCCCAUCCAGCUCCUCGAGGCCGUCGUCUUUGAGGACCCGUUUGAUGAUUACCAGCAAAAGCGCGAUGCCAGGCACCGCCGCGAAAACCCCGAUGAUGAAGAAAAAGUCCGUCGCGACGCCAAGCGUCGGAAACGCGAGGAGGACAGGACGACAUGGUGCGUAGACUCGACUCACAACAGGCUCGGCACACGCCUCACUUCGACAGACAGCACCGACGCUGCACCAUUGAGCAUGACAGAUCGUCUCACUCAGAACGAUGAACACGGCCUCGCAGGCCUUCUACGUACCAAGCCGUCCGCGCCCCGCGCGCCCACCGCGCAUCCACGCGGCGGCCGUGCGGGGGGCUGGGGCGACUUCGCGCAUUGGUAG